AUGAGCACGAAAUUCCGAUGGGCGGAGUACGUUCUCAAUAUGAAAAAACAACCGCCGUUACGGUAUGUUUUUUUCGAAAAAAUUAGGAAAUGAUUAAUGCACAAACUGAAACCCUGUCUUACAGCAUUGUAGAUUAAAAACCAACUUUUUUAGGUGAUAUAGCAAAAAAUAUUGUGAAAAACUAGUGAACCAUAGUGUUUUGGCUAUGUAUUGUUUAGAAAAUAAGGAAAAACUUGAAAAAUUUGCGUGAUUUUAGAUUGUUCAAUUUUGGCAACAAACGCAAAAACAAAAACCUUUAAAAUAAUCAAAAAUAACAAUGUUAAACCAUAGUUAUUCUACCGUAGCUCUAGCCUAAAACAGUCUUAUCCCAGCUCUAGGCUAAACUUAGUGUACUAAACCGAAGAUUUCAUUAACUCAAACGAAAGCUUAAACCCUAACAUUAAAGCCAGAGCUAGAGUCUGAGAUAAGCCCUGAGCCUGUGUUAAAGUCUAAGCCUAAGCUUGAGCCUAACUCUGAGCCUGAGCUUGCGAUUGUGUCUCAAACUGCGUCUGAUUCUAGGCCUGAGCCUCAAGCUGAGCCUGAGCCUGAACGUGAGCCUGAGCCUGAACGUGAGCCUGAGCCUAAGACUGAGCUUAAGCCGGAGCCCAAGCCUGGGCCUGGGCCUGGGCCUGGGCCUGGGCCUGGGCCUGAGCCUGAGCUUCAGACUGAGUCUGACUCUAGGCCUGUGUCAAAGCCUGAGCUUGAGCCUAAGCCUGAGCCUAAACAUCAGACUAAGCCUGAACUUUAG